UUUCUUCCCCCAGUCCCUCGCCGCUUUACACGGACCAGUCCCACAGGUAUGUCUCUUUCUUCUAAAUCAUGCUUUCUUUCCUCACCCAUGCUUUCAAAUUAGAUUGGAAUACGUUUUUUUAUUUAUCCUCUAAAUUUGAUUUUUACGGUAUAAUUACUCAGUUAUGUUUACACUGUAAUUUGAUAUCUGGGUCUACAUUCUUUGGUCUUUUCUACCCAGCCCGUCUCAAACCCCUUUUAAGUUCUUCAUCCCGCACGGACAAGGCUGUCUUCUUCCGCGGCAGCUGCUGUGACUUGUCUGUCCUCCGCUCUUCCCACUCAGCCAGUUGAUCAUGUAAAAUGAAAUGAAAUUUAAGGCAAACGGACGCGCGCAGCGACAUGGUGUUGGUGAUGGCAAUGCUUGGCUAGGUUCCGGUAGAGCUCAGGGCACGCCACCGACGUCGAUUGGAGACGGAGGAUAUGAACCAGUGAGGACGGUGGGCACGUCGUGCACCGCCGAGCCAGCUAUGCAUAUUGGUCGGAGAUGUUGGUUGUUAGCUAGGGUGGAUUUGGGCGAGGAGUGGACUGGGAUGGGUUAUGGGUAGAAGAGUAGGAGGAGAAAUGUUUGUCGUUUAUUUGUAGGAAGUCAAGUGCAGCUUUCUUUGGUCACUUUGUAAUGAGGUGGAAGUGGAGGUAAGCACGGCUGCACGGACCGAGUAAGAUUCUUUUGUAAGCUGAAACCAGAUAUAAAUGCAACAUAAUGUUGAACACAAAUAACACAUAGAUACAUUUAAUGGAGAACAUACAACCGUACAUACAAUUAGAAUUGCAUAAGAUCAUUACACUCCAUUAUUAAUCUUACAUCUUUGGGAAUCACACCUUGAAAACCAAGGUACGUGUUUGUUGAGGUCUUGUGCAUGUGGAAGGAAAUUAAGGUGUGGAAAUUCUGGCUAGGAAACAAAGAGUGGAAGGAAAUUAAGGCGUGAAAAUUCUGAGGGACGGUCAAAUUGGAGACAGAUGGUAGGCCACCAAAGUUGAUGAGCCCAUUAAGAUCACAAAAGCUAACUAUCUCGAAAGUGACUAGUUGGGGCCGGGGCUAAUGACAAAAGGAAAAUGAAAAGUAGCACCCACAUGGGACGUUGGCUGACUUAUAGAAGGAAGCAUUAAUGGAGGUAACUACAAGGAAGCAUCUUUGCAUAUAGAAGAACAUUAGUUUUCCAUCCACUGCUAAUUAAGAAGAUUAAUUUCACCAAUUUGAGAGAGAGAGAGAGAGAGAGAGAGAGAGGAUCAGAAAUAUGGCUGAAGGUGUUGUUGUUGUUGCGGCUGAAGGGAUCAAGAGCCUCGGAGACUUCAUCAUUCAGCAAGCGAAGUUCUUGAGCGGAGUCAGCUAUCAAGUUGAGCUUGCAAAAGUUGAACUACACUUGAUCCGCGGCUUCCUCAGAGAUGCAGAUGCAAGACAAGGAGAAGAAGAGGUAGUCCGCGUUUGGGUUAAACUGAUUAGAGAUGCUGCUUAUGACUUGGAGGAUGUCAUUGAAUCUUUUGCCUUGAAAGUGGCUUCCAGGAGGAGAGGAGGUACUGUGAAGAUUGCUCUCAAAAGGUUUGCCAGCAUCUUUAGUGAAGGAGUUAACCGAUACAAGAUUGGGUCCGAAAUUGAGGAUAUUAUGACCAAACUUUCUCAUUUGAGGUCGAGUUUGCAAAGUUAUAACAUCAGGCAAAUAAGUGGGGGUGAUGGUGUCGGCCGUGUCGCUUCUUCUUUUAAGAGGCAACUAGACCGACGGCUAACUUAUGCUCAUGAAGUUGAAAGUCAUACUGUUGGCUUAGAGGAAAACACAGAUAUACUAGUGAAGGAGUUGGUGAGAGAAGGAAAGCGUCACCGUGUUGUUUCUAUUUGGGGGAUGGGCGGCUCUGGAAAAACCACUCUUGCAAAACAGGUUUUCCUUCAAAAUGAAGUUAAGCGUCAUUUUGAUUGUUUUGCUUGGGUCUGUAUAUCUCAACAAUGGGAAGGAAAGGAUGUAUUGGAAGAUAUUAUAAUUAAACUCACUUCCCCAACAGCAGAUAAAAGGAGAGAAAUUUCCAAAAUGAAAAAGGAUGAAAUAGCAAGGGAGGUCUUUAGUAUCCAACGAGAAAAGAGAUGUCUGGUGGUCCUUGAUGACAUAUGGACUCAAGAGGCUUGGCAUUCGAUAAAAGCUGGAUUCCCAAUCAAUGAGGAAACAGAGAGCCGGAUAUUACUCACUACUCGCAAGAAAGAAGUUGCCUUGCUUGCUUCCAAAAAUGAUCAUCUCCACCAACCUCGACCACUAGAUGACAACCAGAGCUGGGAACUGUUUGAAAAGAUAGCGAUGUGUGGAAGCGACAAAACAGACUUGGAAAUUUAUGCAAAGAAGAGAGAAUUAGGAAAGAAGAUGCUUGUACAUUGUUCAGGUUUACCAUUAGCCAUCAAUGUGCUCGCUGGUCUUCUUAGUAGACGAGAGACGAUUGAUGAGUGGGACACAGUACUUCUUAAUGUUGGUGUAUACAUAAUGAGAGGCAUAAAUGUCCUUGAAAGUGAAAAGACAGGUCAGGAGUGUGGUGUUUCAGGUGUCUUGUCAUUGAGUUAUGAUGACUUACCAUCUCACUUAAAACUAUGCUUUUUGUAUUUAGCCCAAUUUCCUGAGGAUCAUGAGAUACGGGUAAAAAGACUUACUCAAUUAUGGAUUGCAGAAGGAUUUAUAACUUCAACGUCAGAAAUGCAUGUUUCAGUGGAAAUUUUGGAAGAAUUGUCAUAUAGUUGCCUAGUUGAAUUGGUGGAAAGAUCUAUGGUUCAAGUUGUAGAAUAUGGUUUAAGUGGGAAGGUGAAAACUUGCGGUCUCCAUGAUUUUAUGCGAGACUUGUGCUUGCAAAAGGCAGAAGAGGAGAAUUUUCUCCGAAUUAUUAACUUUUCUACGGGACUGGUAUCUAAGACACCACUAAUUGGCAAGGUUCGAAGACUUGCCCUCCAUUUGGACGAAAAUGUUAAAUAUGAUUUCAGUAUAGAUGGAAGAGAUGAGCACAUUAGGUCUCUAUUAUACUUUACCCCAAAAGGGUUUGCCCAAAAGUGGAACAAAAAAGUAAUGCGAUCAGUAUUCAAUGACUUCAAAUUGCUUAGAGUUCUGAAGUUUGAAAAAAUAGAGAGAGAAUUUCAGUUACCGAAAACGAUUGGGAAUCUAGUCCACUUGAGGUUUCUGAGUCUGAAGCAUAGUGCAUAUAGUGGGUUGCCAUCAUCUGUAUCUAAUCUAGUACUUUUGCAAACUCUAGAUCUGCGGUAUAAUUAUUAUUUAUAUGAAGGAUCUUGUUUUGGUCGGGAGAGGGCAACCAGAAUCAGAAAUGUGUUUUGGAAUAUGGAGCAACUGAGGCACUUAUAUUUACCUUGGCGUCACUAUAUAAGUGAACAGAAACUCUCAUUUGCAAGGCUGCGCAAUUUGCAGACGUUGGGUGAUCUUCCAAUUGAGAAAUGUGAGUUAAAUGAUCUUGUUCAGUUAAGCAAUCUAAAGAAAAUAUCCAUAAUCGUAUCACAGCCUAGUCACUUGGAAAAGUUCAAGAACAUGUUGAUAUCAAGAAGUAUAACAUAUGAGCAUCUUCGAUCGCUAUCUUUGAAGCUAAACCGAGAUGAUAAUGAGGAUAUAGCAAGAGAUAUAGUGUUAAGGUGUCCUUAUUUAUACAAACUGCGACUGCUUGGGAAAAUGACGGAGUUUCCAAAAGAGCUCCUGGGCUAUCCAAAACUCACCAAGAUAACGCUGGUUAGUACAGAACUGAGAUGUGACCAGAUAGAAAUAGUGAAGAUGCUGCCCAAGUUAAGGGUGCUUUACCUGGGUAGUAAUGCUUUCAAAUCAAAAACAAUGGUUUUCUCCCCAGGAGGCUUUCCUCAUCUGGAAUUUCUUACACUAAGUGCUUUGUUUAUGUUGAACGAGUGGAGGGUGGAGAAAGAAGCCAUGCCUAGUCUUCAGAGAUUGCAUAUUGAAUGGUGCCUACAAUUGUGGGAAGUACCAGAUGGGCUUCAGCAUAUUACUACCCUCAAGGAAUUAACAAUCAAUGUGAUGACCAGUAGAUUCUGUAGUAGGGUUGGGGAAGAAGGAGAGGAUUUCUACAAAAUUAAACAUGUGCCUUCUAUUAUAAUCACAAAUAUUCAACCCGACUACAAGAAAGACAAGGAGCCAGAAAUGGAGGAAGCAGCAGGUGCGUCUCGAGUAGUUGCUAAUGACUAUGAGGAAUCAACUGUGGAUGCUCCUCUGCCUCCUGAAGAAAAAACAGAGGAAAUACAAGCUGCAUCCACUCCUUAAUUAGUUAAAUUAAUCCACAAGUUCGACUUUAAUUAUAUAUGGUCAGUCUUUUCUCCCAGUGCCUGAUAACACCCACAUAUAUUUAUAGCUGUUUGUGUUUCACAUAGAAUCAGACUAAUGUGAUGUAUAUAUCUGGUGUGUUACUCGUUGCAGCUAUUACAACAGAUGUGAACAAGGCUAUACGCUGUAUGCAGUGCUAGAUGUCCCAGAUUUGUAUAUAUUUGUAAAUUGUAAUCCGUCCAACAACGUACUUUCUUCGCAGAUGGAUCACCC